GGAGGGCUCUCGGCGGCCUCCUCCCUCCUGGAGGUGGGGACAAGGUGGAGGAAGGGCUGCUGGAGGAGGAGCUGGCGCGUCGCGACCCGCCCCGUCCCGUCCAGUCCGGCCUGGGCGCCAAGGGAACCGCUGUCCUAAGCCGUCGCCCCCCGAGCAGGCUGUCCUGGUGCCCCGUGCCUUGGCCCGCAUCCAGUCAUGACCCUGCGCCCCUCACUACUCCCACUCCGUCUGCUGCUGCUGCUCAGUGGGGCGGUGUGCCGGGCUGAGGCUGGGUUUGAAACCGAAAGUCCCGUCCGGACCCUCCAAGUGGAGACCCUGGUGGAGCCCCCCGAGCCGUGUGCGGAGCCCGCUGCCUUUGGAGACACGCUGCACAUACACUACACGGGCAGCCUGCUAGAUGGACGCAUUAUUGACACUUCCCUGACCAGAGACCCUCUGGUUAUAGAACUUGGCCAAAAGCAGGUGAUCCCAGGUCUGGAGCAGAGCCUUCUAGACAUGUGUGUGGGAGAGAAGCGAAGGGCAAUCAUUCCUUCUCACUUGGCCUAUGGAAAACGGGGAUUUCCACCGUCUAUCCCAGCGGAUGCAGUGCUGCAGUUUGAUGUGGAGCUGAUUGCACUGAUCCGAGCCAACUACUGGCAAAAGCUGGUGAAGGGCAUUUUGCCUCUGAUAGGCAUGGCCAUGGUGCCAGCCCUCCUGGGCCUCAUUGGGUAUCACCUAUACAAAAAGGCCAACAGACCUAAAGUCUCCAGAAAGAAGCUCAAGGAAGAGAAACGAAACAAGAGCAAAAAGAAAUAAUAAAUAAUUUUUAAAAAUU